AUGGCUGCGCUCAUCGCCUCUCGUCGCAAAACCUCCUGGUCUACCCCCCCAUUGAGGAAUGGAUGUAUGUUCAUGCUUCUCGUUUAUCUGGCCGACCCCACGACCACCGCAAUACUAAUACAAGCCUCUCUCCUAGGCCUCAACCCGACCCAACCACCCAGCAGCGCAAACAGACUACUCGUGACCCCAAUAACCCUCCUGAAACACCUACAGCCAGAAGACCUAGCUUUUUCGAACCUCGCCAUAUUUCACGGGGUUCCAAUUCAGGAUAUCCUUCUCACCUCACCCAAAAAUGUCUUUGCUUCGUCUCGAAUGGGAAGCAAGGGAUCGCUUGAUAUGACAGAUCGGCCAUUGCGAACAGGCAACCCAGAUGACAGGAACGAUCGAUUUAACUUCAAGGAUCGCUUCUUCAAGGACCGGGAUGCUAUAAAGAGGAUUGGAAUGCUGGGCGACCCCGCCGCAUAUUUGGCCCUGAUGACCCAGAGCGCAAGCCCCGACGGAACGGAGAAUUUGACCGAUGGGAAAAAUACCCAAACCCCUCGCGAUUCCGCUGACGAGCGAAACCGAGACAAGGAUGGCCGCUUCCCUCCCAAGAAGGACGUCCAGCCGGGUCGCUCCAAAUUUGAAGGGAGCUGGUUCCGCAAUAACGAGAAUAACGUUCCUGCGCCAGACAGCGCCGAUGCUGACGAUGAUAAACCACCACGUAACCGAGAAUGGCGCCCGAGAGACCGACACGGCGUAGACCGCGACUGGAAUCGGGGUGCCAAAUUUGACCAUGAGCCCGAAUGGCUGGACAGUAACGACCGAGAUGAACCUCGACGAGCACACACGCAGGAGGAUUUCCAGCGCUGGAAAGAGCGCAUGAAGGCAGGCUCUGGUGCUGCCCAAGCCGUGGCGCAGGAAGAGAAGAGAGAUGCGCCCGCCGAAUCGCACAUGACUGCGCCGAAGCCAGAUGGUCACUACACGGAUGGGGAAGUCUUCAGCAAUGAACGAAGCAGCCACGACGGUGCUCCCUUCAUGGCAGAUAACUCUAUGGACCGUUUCUUCGGCAUGCUGGGAGGAGAGAAGCCGCAUGCUCAACAAGAAACCGGGAUUCCAAUUCCCGUCGAUUCGGCUGCGAAGAACCAAGUCUUCGUUGGUAAACCUGGCAAAUCGUCUCGCUUUGCCGGGCUUUUCAGCCCGCCACCAGAGAGUCCUUCGAAGGCUCCCGAGUCUCCUGUCCUUCCCAUGGCCUCCGCUGGAGCUACCUUCUCCGGGGCUGCCUCCUCCAACCCUGACCAAGAAGGCUUCCAGCGGAUCAUCGCGAUGCUGGGCGCUGGCGGCGGUGCUGGCGGCAGUCGAUCGACCAGUGGCACUCCUCACCAAAUUGAUUCGUCCAAUCGGUCACGACCCCAAUCGAUGGUGCAUGCUGAACAGUCUCGGAACAUAUCGUCUCCUGCCAGAGACCUUUAUCCCCGACAGGAUUAUGCAAGUCCUUUCGGGUUGGAUCAGGCCCCUUGGGCAGCUCAGCCCAGCAGUCUCCGAGCACUGUGGGUCCUCCCCCCAGGCCUGAUGCCGGAUAUGAUGCCUCGCCCUCCUCCUGGCCCUCCUCCCGGGCUCGGUGUUCCUCAAAAGACCCCUGCCUUUUUGAACGAUCCGGCCAUCGCCAAUAUGCAGCGACCUGACAGUGAGCAGCUUCGCAGACGGGCUCCCAAUGGGCCUCCCAUGGGCUACUUUGAUGAUGUUCCCUUCCACCAAGGUGGCCAGGGACAUAUCACUCCUGGGGGUUCUCGACACCCUCAGGGUCCUAAUCAGCCUCCUAUGCCGCUCCAGAGACCCCCGGGACUAGAACAUUUGCCUCCUCCGGGUUGGACUGGUCAGCCCCCGCCCCAGCAAGGCAAUGGACCGAGCCCGAUGGGUCACCCUCCUGGAAUACCGACUCCUGGACGUGGCAUGAACCCAGGAUUCCCACCAGGCAUGAUGCCCAUGCCUGGAAACCCCCCGCCACUUAACGACCGACAGGCCUUCCCUCGCUUUCCUCCCAUGCCGCCCAAUCCAGAAAUGAUGGGACUUGGUUCUGGCGGCCAAGGACCAUUUGGGCCCGGUAAUCCUGGUCCCCAGGGCCCUCCCCCUUCUUCGCGACACCUACUGGAGAUGUUCGGCCAGUCCAAUGGAGGUGAUAGCCGUGGAGGCAUGGUUGGCCCACCGCAAUUCCGUUAG